ACUCGGUUUGUGUGGUUACCCCCCCUGAACAUUCUCUGUCGACAACGAGACUUCCGGUCACUGACAUCACAUCGGACAUAAAAGACUUCAUCAUCCACAGACUUAGCAAUAUAGCUACAUUGUCGACAAUGUGGACAAAGCAAAUAAUCCAGGCGGCAUCAGACCCCAACGCCCCUAUGCCAAAGAAAGGGCAGAAAGUCACAGUUCAUUAUACAGGCUGUCUGGAGGAAAAUGGAGAAAAGGGAACAAAGUUCGACUCUUCACGGGAUCGCAACAAGCCUUUUCAGUUCAGAAUUGGAGAAGGAGAAGUUAUUCGAGGUUGGGAUGAAGGAGUAAUGGCUAUGAAGGUGGGUGAGCGAGCAACUUUAAGAAUAACACCAGACUAUGGCUAUGGUGCUAGAGGAGCUGGAGGAGUUAUUCCGCCCAAUGCUGUCCUUCUUUUUGAUGUAGAGCUCAUUAGCACCAAGUAGGAAGCAGAUGCUGACCUUGAGACUGGCAAGCUGCAAGUGCAAGAACCAGUUUCAGGAACUGUAGUUGCACGAGGUUGAGACCCAAGGAUAUGCCAGUCCAUCCUGCAGCUGCAGAACCUACAAAGAUUUUCAUUUCUCUUUCUUUUUUUUAAAGCUUCCAGGAUAGACACUGUGGAAAGAGUGUAACUUUAAUAUCAGAAUAUGUACACUUGUCUUGUAUGCCACUUUUCAUUUACAUGGGUUAAUGUUUUCUGUUCUGCUUUGCUAUCACCUUGUUAAUAUUCCUAUGCCAUGAUGGCAGGAUGGCUUGACUGUUCUAGCAUUUUGACUAACAACUUUUUUGAAACUGGAGAAUCCUGUUUUUUUACCCUCUCAGCAUCGUUUUCUGUGAUCAUAAGAAUAUCUUGUGCUAGAUCAUGUCCAUUUUUGAACUUGUUCGAUGGAGGGAAGAUAUUGCAAGUUUUAAAAUUAAUUUAUGUUUUUUUGCCUUAGUGAGUGCAUGAGACUGUAGUUCAGCAGAGGUGGCUGUUUUGCUGGAAAACUCAUGUUUGGAUCAUUGACUUCACCAGAAGAAUUGACGUUAGCAGGGUUGGACAAAAUUCUUUUCAGUGCCUGUUCAUACUUUGUGCAUUUACAUUUCAUGGAAUGUAGAGAAACCACUAAAAAUACCCAUUUCCUUUUUUGUUCAAAAAAAAAAAAUCCGUUCAGCUUAUGAUCAUGCAUCUCACAAUCAUAGGAGGUGAUUUAUCUUGCAAAAUAGUAGGGGAAGGACAGAAUAAAUCAGUCAGCAGAUCAUUGAAAAAACCAUACUGUAAACUGACUUAAUUAGCAAAGGAUGAACCAAGAGUAUAGACUAUUCUCAAACCCACUGUCAACAUACAAAUAAUGAAUUUUCUUAGGAUUGAAUUUUAUCCGCUACUGGUGAGCAAAUCAGUGAAAUCAACUGUCUCCAUGAAGUUUUUUGGGGAAAAUCUUUUUCUUGGGUGUUACUUGGAUCUUUCAAAUAGAGACCCAAUGGCAAGGAAUGUCUGUAAGGAAAUUUCAUCUAAUUUGUGCAUUUUCUUCAGUGAAAAUCAUCCAAAGACCAAUGAAAGAAUGUGAGGUUUGUGAAGACUACAAGUUUCUUAAUGGCAGAAGACAUCAGGUGUGGGACGAGAAGCCAGAGAUCGAGAAACUAUAGCACAGCUUUUUCACAUAAUGAGUGAAGAUGGCUUUUAUUGGUUCUUUUGUGUAUCAGAUUGUUCUCAUAAGAUUGGUAUUGUGUAGGCACCUGCUUUUAUACUCAUCUUUUCAAAAGUAAACAGAAAAUAUUACAAUGCUUUUUGUGGAAUAACAUAUAUUUUGAUACAUGGCAUAGCUGUGUGUACCACAGUGGAUGAAGAAAUAGUCUAUUUUGAAGAGUUUACUUUUGGGAACACUUUCUUUUUCUUGAAGUCAUCUGUUUAUUCAUUAAACCUUGUAUAGAUUGAUGCAAUCAAUGCUUUGACUAAAUAACAUUUUGUCGUGUUCCUUUAAGGUGAUAACAAAACCAUUUUUCAUUUAGAUAAACUGGGUAGAUUCUUUGCCUUAGAAUGGUAAUAUCGUUUGAAAGCAAAAUGGAGACAUCUGCAACCACAUUAAAAGCUGGGCCUAAUGUUUGUCAA